CUUUUUUUUUUUUCCUUCUUUCUUCUUCCUCACCUGUGCGUCUGCUCUUCUUUUCUUCCCCUUGCACCGAGCAAAAAGAACCCAGCCAAGCCGACAACCCCACUUGGAAAACCGGUAAGGAGGCUUGAUGUUAUCCUUCUUUUCUUGUUCAAGAACAAGAUUUAGAAGCUUGGAAACCUCCCCCCUGCAGAGAAAAUCCCCGAUCUGCUCUGCUUCUUUCCUCCUCUGCCGCCGGUUGCUGCUCUUGUUUGUGGGUGCGAAAUUUUUCAAAUUUCUGAUUGCCGCCGGCCUUCCCCCAAACUGCAGCUCCGAUUUUUGCUGCUAAAUUCUGGUGCUAUUAUGGCUUAGAGCACUGGGAUUGAAUCUUCAGUAUUACGGGUUUGAGGAAGCGAAGUCAAGGACGGGAAAAAACAAGAGGAGUGACAAGUUAGAAGGAUAACCAUCUUGUAAAUUGAACAUAGAUUUUAGAUAUAAAUCGUGAUCUUGUAAGUUAGACUUUAUUUGGAGAUUUUAUAAAUUCAUUGAAUGGAUUGUUAGUUUACAAGAGAUUUGACCUGGAGAUUUUGAGAUGAAGUCAUGUUGGACAUGGAAUUAUUUUUGAAAUAUAUGAUUUAAGUUAUU